GAUUGUCAUUUAUAUUUUGUAUAUGACAAAACAAUAACUUAUACAUGUGUGUGUGUGUGUGUGUGUGUGUGAUAUAAAUUUACUGAACCAAUCCCUACAAAACCUUCAUCAUCAUCAACAGCUUUUUAUUAUUAUUCUAGAACAUCGUGUUUUUCUUCUUUAUGGUUGGUUAUAUUAGAUUACACACUACUAUAGUAGUUGGUGUUUUGACAAGAAUAAAAUUGUCAUCAACAUUCCAAAAAAAAAAACUAUGUUAUGAACCAAACAACAACUGUAGAGAAAGAGAGAAAGAACAAAUUUUGUUUAUGCCGUUACAUUACCAAAUAUAUUGAUUUGAUAUGGUUUUUUCUCGACUUUUUCGACUACAUUCUCAUUUUUCCAAUAAAAUAAACCAGAAUAAAAAAAUCGGGAUCGUUGUGUCAUCGAUCAUUCGUAUCCGCAUCAUCAUCUAGGUCUACCAUCCUCAACAUUAUAUUUGUCAUGUUCAUCACGAUGUUAUGGAUCGAUUAUGGAUCGUGUUAAAUAGCAAAAAUAAUUUAGCAAUCACGACAAACAUUUUAUAAUAUAGCAAUGGAUCGACAUCCUCAAUUUAGUAGCAAUAAUAAUAAUAAUAAUAGUGUCACGCUGACACAUUCUUCACCUCCGGCUAUUCAUCGAACAUUUGCCAAUAAUGAUGAUGAUAGUAAUGGUGGUAGUAUUGAAAAUAAUAAAAAAUUGAAUCAUCAUCAACAACAAUCUUAUCUUGUCAUGUCAAAUGCAAUGCGUUCAUAUAUUGAAUCAUUACCUGAAAAAUUGACCCUGACUAAAGAAUUGACUGAAUAUCGUUUCUGGAAAUCAUUACGUACAGAAUUUAUAGCAACAUUUUUAUAUGUGAUUUUUACCUGUGGUAUUUUGGCUGUUACAACUACAACAACUCAAACAACGAUUUCGACAACGUUGACAAAUGAUAUACAACCACCUCAACAACAGCAAUUGAAUAGUAUUGAAUUAUUGAAAAAUUCAUUGGCCAUCGGUCUAACAGUUGCAACAUUAAUACAAUGUACUGGACAUGUUUGUGGUUGUCAUCUAUCGAUUGCUAUUACAAUUGGUCUUUAUGUUACCGAGCGUGUAACAACAUUACGAUUGAUAUCAUAUUUAUUCGUACAAUUUCUAGCAUCAUUAUUCGGUAUAAUGGUUGUUCAGAAUCUUUUCGAUACCAUCAUACCAUUAAUGCCUUCCACGCCAACGCUGUCAUCAACGAAAAUUUUUGGUUUCGAAUUUUUAUCAACAUUUCUAAUUGUGCUCACCUAUCUAGCUAAUUGUGACCCAAAUCGUUUACAAUUAACCAAUAAUAGCAAUAUCAACAUCAAUAAUAAUUAUAAUUGUAUAAUCGAUUCAUCAAAAUCAUUAUCAAUAGGAUUUGCCUAUACAGUCGGACAUUUGUUUGCUUUUGUUGCAACUGGUGCAUCAAUGAAUCCCGCAAAAGCAUUGGCCAUAUCGAUUUUGACUGAACAUUAUUGUUUGCAUUGGAUCUAUUGGAUUUCUCCAUUGCUUGCCGGACUAUUUGGUGGACUUAUCUAUGAUUAUAUUGGAUCAAUCAAACCAAUUUCAUCAACAGCAACAGCAACAACAUUAUCUCGUCCAUCGUCAUCAUCAUCAUCAUCGUCAUCCUCGUCGAUACAUCAAAUAGUACCAUCACCAAUUCUUUCAUCAACAUCAUCAUCAUCAUCAUCGUGUUCUGGAACAAUGAUUGAUCCAACAACAAUAACAACAGCUGCAUCAGCAUCGAUCCAUUAUAAUAAUACAGCUAAUUUAUCAAUUGAUGAUUUCAUAAAUGAAACACAAAAUAAGCCAAAUUUGAUUCGUACCCGAUAUUAA